GUUCAUCGUCAGUCGCACUUCCUCCCUUCUCUCAUAUAUUUCUCUGAAUUACUACUCUUCGAUGAAACUGUUUCGCCCAUCAAUACAUAUGUGCGUGUGCGUGAUUGAUACGUGUGCAUUCGUUCAAAAGUAAGAAGACAUAAUAUAUGACGCAGAAGAAAAAGAAAAAAAAGAAAAAUUAUAUCUCGCACUCUCCCCUCUCCCCUCACGUGAUCGUCUAAUAUAAAAAGAAUCAAGGUUUCUGUCACACAAUUGCGCAAAUAUUUUUGUUAUCUCGUGAUUGGAACUGAUGAUGUGCAUUCAACGGAUCGCCACAUAUUAUCUCUUUUCAUUUAGAUAAAUCCAAACGUUUACGUUUACGUCAUACGAAAAAAAACCUUUGACAAUUUGAUGUAAUUCUUUGCGAUAGGAGGUAAAUUCAAAUCGGUAUAUAUUUAUACAUAUAUAUUUUUCCAAAUUUUUCAAUUGAGCGAUAAGCUGUUAUAUGUGUUACAUAUGUAUGUGUGUGUGUGGUAUAUGGAUGCGCGCGAUGGCGAUGAUGAAAAUAUACGGAAGUCGUAUCGCGAAAAGCUGUGGAUGAUACUGUUAUCGUAACCUUCAUCGUAUAAAAUCAUAAUUUAUAAUAACACUAUUAUACGUUUUUUUACGCCACUUUUUACCCAUAAAAAAUUUUAUUUAAAAUAGAGUGAUAGAUAAGAGAUGGAGAAAGAUAAAUUAUUGUAAAUGCAUGUAUGCUGAAAUUUGGAAGAGACCUCCUUUGGAAGUGAUUAAGACAUUUACAUUUAUCAGAGGAAAGUUCUGUUAAUACAGCAAAUUUAAUUGUAUAAAAAAAAAUUUGAGAAUUGUGCAUUUGACUUGAUAUACUGUCAAUAUUAUGGCUCCCCAACAUUCAGUAAAUACAGGCAAUAGCAAUUUGGAUACUAAAAUCAUCGAAUGGCUGCAAUGGAAUAAGGAUCCAAAGGCAAAAGAUGAGAUAUUUGAAUACUUAAAUAAUGGACAUAUUAAAAUAUUAUCAAAAUUGUUCCUUAAAAGACUUGAAUUUGGGACCGCAGGUCUUAGAGGCCGUAUGGGAUCUGGUUAUAGCCAGAUGAAUGAUUUAGUCAUUGUGCAGACUGGUCAAGGAUUAACAAAAUAUUUGAUAGAUACCAUAUUUGAUGUGUCACAGAAAGGUGUUGUUAUAGGAUAUGAUGGGCGUUAUAAUAGUAAAAGGUUUGCUGAAUUAACUGCUGCAAUUUUCAUAGCCAAUAGCAUUAAAGUUUAUUUGUUUUCCAAAAUCUGUCCCACACCAUUUAUACCUUAUACCAUAUUGAAAUACAAAUGCGCAGCUGGGAUCAUGGUCACUGCGUCUCACAAUCCAAAAGACGACAAUGGAUAUAAAGUCUAUUGGCAAAAUGGAGCACAGAUUAUUUCACCUCAUGAUAAAAAAAUUCAAAGCUAUAUUCUUAACAAUCUCGAACCACUUGAAUCCUCAUGGAAUGGGAAUGGAAUCUAUAAUAGCUCUUACUAUGAAGAUCCGAAAGACGAUAUUAUGCGACUUUAUUACCAAGAUUUAAAGGAAACAGUUCUAUAUCCUGAAGUUAAUAAAAAUACUACAUUGAAAUUUACAUACACUGCCAUGCAUGGUGUCGGAUAUGAAUAUAUGACUGCUGCAUUUGAGGUGGCAAACUUGAAGCCAUUUAUAAUUGUAGAGGAACAGAAACUACCAGAUCCAGAAUUUCCAACAGUGAAGUUUCCAAAUCCAGAAGAAGGGAAAAGUGCUCUCGAUCUUAGUAUAAAGUUAGCAAAUAAAAGCGAUUCAUCUAUAAUACUUGCUAAUGAUCCAGAUGCCGACAGACUUGCAUGUGCGAUGAAAACAAAAAGUGGGGAAUGGCAUGUCUUCUCUGGAAAUGAACUUGGUGCAUUAUUAGGUUGGUGGAUGAUUCACACUUAUCAAGUUUUGCACCCUGAUGUUGAUAUGAGCAAUACAUAUAUGUUAGCAUCAACCGUUUCCAGCAAAAUCUUAGCUUCAAUGGCUAAGAAAGAAGGUUUUAACUUUGAGGAAACUUUAACAGGCUUCAAAUGGAUGGGUAACAAAGCUAUUGAGUUGAUAAAAAAAAAUAAAGAUAUCUUAUUUGCAUAUGAAGAAGCUAUAGGUUUUAUGUGUGGCUCUAAAGUCCUAGAUAAAGAUGGUAUCAGUGCUGGUGUACGUGUGGCUGAAUUAGCGGCUUAUCUUGAAACAAUAGAUUUAACCUUACUAGACAAAUUGCAGGAAAUAUAUCAAGAGUAUGGUCAUCAUAUCAGUGACAAUUCCUAUUGGAUAUGUCACGACUCGGACGUUAUUAAGGCGAUAUUUGAACGACUGAGGAAUUAUUCUAACAAGCCAGAUACAUAUCCAACCGGAAUACUGGAAGGAAAAUAUAUAAUAACCGGUGUUCGGGAUUUGACAACAGGAUAUGACAAUACAAAACUUGAUAAUAAAGCAGUCCUACCUGUAUCAAAAUCUAGCCAAAUGAUUACAUUUACAUUCAAAAAUGGAUUAGUCACCACUUUAAGAACUAGUGGCACAGAGCCUAAAAUAAAAUAUUACAAUGAAUUAUGCGGAUUACCUGGAGAAGAUUUAACUAAACUGAAAAGCAUCCUCAAAGAGAUGGUAUCAGCUAUUAUAACAGAAUUUCUUCAACCUGAAGUUAACGGACUUAUUGCUCGUGAAGAAUAAAUUAUGAUAAUAACUGUCAUAAUAUAUGCAUGUUACAUAUGGAUUGAUUUAUAUGAAUGCUUAAAAUGCAAUGUCAAAAUAGAUCAUUAAUAUAAGCUAUUCUAUGAAUAUUGUGCUGUAGAUGCUUCAAAUAUGUUCAACAUAUAAUUUUAUUUAAACUUUGUAUAUUACUGUUAUACUAUAAGUUUAUAGUGCAUUUGCGAUGCAGUAAUUUAAUUAAGAAACAAAGGAAUAAUUUUCAAAAUGGCUGUGUACUAUUUUAUAUUGUUAAAAUUGUUGAAGGAAAGUUGGUCAUACACAAGUUACAUUCAUAUGUUUUUUCUACUUUUAUAAUUAUCAUAUCAAUUUAUAAAAACAUAAUGCACAGAAAAAUAUUCAAAAUACUUUCAUUAUAUGUAAUUUUGCAAUUAAAAAACAAGCAAUAAAUAAUCAAUAAUUAUAAUUUUA